CCCGGCCCCUGCCCCGGCUGCGCGGGCCCCCGCCGGGCCCAUGGACGGCGCAGCCGAGCGGGCGCCCUGAGCGCGGCGCGGGCCCCCGGAGUGCCCCCGAGGCGAGCGCCAGCGAGGUCCAGCACCAUGUGCUAGGUCACACCCAGCGUGAGGCCACACCCUGGGCCAUCGGAACAGCCCCUCCUCACUCCAGGGGUCACCCUCCCCACCACCCACUGCCCCACCAUGGCCGGGGACCGGCUCCCGAGGAAGGUGAUGGACGCCAAGAAGCUGGCCAGCCUGCUGCGGGGCGGGCCUGGGGGACCGCUGGUCAUCGACAGCCGCUCCUUCGUGGAAUACAACAGCUGGCAUGUGCUGAGCUCCGUCAACAUCUGCUGCUCCAAGCUGGUGAAGCGGCGGCUGCAGCAGGGCAAGGUGACCAUCGCGGAGCUCAUCCAGCCGGCCACACGCAGCCAGGUGGAGGCCUCGGAGCCACAGGACGUGGUGGUUUAUGACCAGAGCACUCGGGACGCCAGUGUGCUGGCCGCAGACAGCUUCCUCUCCAUCCUGCUGAGCAAGCUGGAUGGCUGCUUCGACAGUGUGGCCAUCCUCACAGGGGGCUUCGCCACCUUCUCCUCCUGCUUCCCCGGCCUCUGCGAGGGCAAGCCUGCUGCCCUGCUACCCAUGAGCCUCUCCCAGCCCUGCCUGCCCGUGCCCAGCGUGGGACUGACCCGCAUCCUGCCUCACCUCUACCUGGGCUCGCAGAAAGACGUCCUCAACAAGGAUCUCAUGACGCAGAAUGGAAUAAGCUACGUCCUCAACGCCAGCAACUCCUGCCCCAAGCCAGACUUCAUCUGCGAGAGCCGCUUCAUGCGGGUCCCCAUCAAUGACAACUACUGUGAGAAGCUGCUGCCCUGGCUGGACAAGUCCAUCGAGUUCAUCGAUAAAGCCAAGCUGUCCAGCUGCCAAGUCAUCGUUCACUGUCUGGCCGGCAUCUCCCGCUCCGCCACCAUCGCCAUCGCCUACAUCAUGAAGACCAUGGGCAUGUCCUCUGACGACGCCUACAGGUUCGUGAAGGACCGGCGCCCGUCCAUCUCGCCCAACUUCAACUUCCUGGGCCAGCUGCUGGAGUACGAGCGCAGCCUGAAGCUGCUGGCCGCCCUGCAGGGCGACCCGGGCACCCCGGCGGGGACGCCGGAGCCUCCGCCCAGCCCCGCGCCCGGGGCCCCGCUGCCGCGGCUGCCACCACCUACCUCAGAAAGCGCUGCCACCGCCAGGGAGGGCGGCCCGAGCGCGGGCGGGGAGCCCCCGACGGUCCCCGCCACCAGCGCGCUGCAGCAGGGCCUGCGCGGCCUGCACCUCUCCUCCGACCGCCUGCAGGACACCAACCGCCUCAAGCGCUCCUUCUCGCUGGACAUCAAGUCGGCCUACGCGCCCAGCCGGCGCCCCGAUGGCCCCGGGCCCCCCGACCCCGGCGAGGCCCCGAAGCUCUGCAAGUUGGACAGCCCGUCGGGGGCCGCGCUGGGCCUGCCCUCGCCCAGCCCGGACAGCCCGGACUCCGCGCCCGAGGCGCGCCCGCGGCCCCGCCGGCGGCCCCGGCCCCCAGCCGGCUCCCCCGCGCGCUCCCCCGCGCACGGCCUGGGCCUGAACUUCGGCGACGCGGCCCGGCAGACUCCGCGGCACGGCCUCUCGGCCCUGUCAGCGCCCGGGCUGCCCGGCCCCGGCCAGCCAGCCGGCCCCGGGGCCUGGGCGCCGCCGCUCGACUCCCCGGGCACGCCGUCACCCGACGGGCCGUGGUGCUUCAGCCCCGAGGGCGCGCAGGGAGCGGGCGGCGCGCGGUUUGCGCCCUUCAGCCGGGCGGGCGCGCCGGGACCGGGCGGCAGCAGCGGCGGCGACCUGCGGCGGCGGGAGGUGGCAAGGGCCGAGCCCCGGGACGCGCGGACGGGCUGGCCCGACGAGCCGGUCCCGGAGACGACGCAGUUCAAGCGCCGCAGCUGCCAGAUGGAGUUCGAGGAGGGCAUGGUGGAGGGGCGCGCGCGCGGCGAGGAGCUGGCCGCCCUGGGCAAGCAGGCGAGCUUCUCGGGCAGCGUGGAGGUCAUCCAGGUGUCCUGACCCCUCCGCGGGGUCCCAGCGCCCGCAGCCGGGCCCGUUAUACAUAUAUAUUAUAUAUAAUGCAAAGAAAGGUAAAUGGUUUUACUGCGAUUUUUAUCGAGAAGUAAAUAUUUCGAUUUUUUAUUUAUUUAAGCUGUUCAUUCUGGCAAUGAUUUGGCAACAGCGCGGGUGGUCCUCGAGCUCUAUUUUUACUGUCUGGUAUUUAAACUGAAACACACGUUUCUAAGCAAUACGAGGCCACCUUCAGUCGCAAGCUGGGUGCCAGGCCUGGGGCCCCCCCAGUUCCCCCGCCCCAGGAAACACUGCUGACCUUUGCAAAGGCUGCCGAGCUUUCGUGCACUUUUUACAUAAGAAAAAGAUGAAAAA